GUGCCUUAAAUAAAAUCUCUUUUUUUAUUAAAUAAUUUCAAUCAUAAAAAAGAUGAAGCGAAGUUUCUUGAACUUUCUUCUUUUGUUGUUUGAGUUGAUCUUGAUAUUGGAAAUUUCUGCAAAAUCUCUCCGGAAAUCAAACAAAAUUGAGGAUCUCGAAAUGCUGUACGAGAAAAAACGCGAUAUCUUAAUUCAAGCUGACGAAGGACGUCUCGCUGGCGGUUAUCUCCAUCUAAAUCGUAAAGAACUCGUCGUCGAUCGAAUUAUUCAAAAGCUAAAACGUGACGAAAUAGAACGUGGCUUCAAAAAUCAUUCGCAAUUCGCUCCCGCCUUGCAUUUCUUCAAAGCAAAAGCUCUCAUCGAAAAAAGUGAACUUUUCAAAGUGAUGCAAAUGAUGCCAAAAGGCUCCGCGUUGCAUUUGCACAAUUCAGCUGCCGUUUCCUCCGAAUGGAUCAUCAAAAAUUUAACAUAUCGCGAGGAAGUCCAUUAUUGUCAAAACAAAAAAGGAGCAAUUUUGUUCACUGUCACGGACUUUUCAAAGUGCAAAGAUGCGCCGCGAAAUAUCGUUCAAAUUCGUUCGAUGAAAACGCCCGAAGAAGUGAGAAUUUUCGAUCAUUGGCUCGAAAGUCAGAUCAACAUGCGAACGGAUUACCCGGAUUUUGAGUAUCCGGAUCAAGAUGCCGUGUGGAAGAGAUUUCAGACAAUUUUUGACACAAUUGAGGGACUUAUUACGUAUGAGCCGAUUUGCAGGGCGUAUCACAAACGAUUGCUCGAGGAAUUGUAUGACGACGGAGUUUAUUACGCAGAAAUUCGUUCAAGUAUGAAAUCCCUUUAUGACAGGUUUGGAUUGAAACAUCGAAGUGCAAAAAUGCUUGAAGAAGUCAUAAAUGAGUUUAAUUACACGCAUCCCGAUUUUGUCGGAGCAAAAGUUAUUUAUACGAUGUAUCGUAACUUCAGUACGAACAUGAAAAAGCAGAAACUGGAUCACUUCAUCAAUUUGAGGAAAUCUCAUCCGAAACUCGUUAUGGGAUUCGACUUUGUUGGACAAGAAGAUCUCAAUACGUUAAUUGAACUGAAACAAUAUUUGGAUCAAAUCCCGAAUGGAACAAAAUUUUUCUUGCAUGCCGGGGAGACAAAUUGGUGGGGUAUGCCAACAGACUUAAAUCUCGUAGAUGCAAUUUUAAUGAACGUAACUCGCAUUGGACACGGUUAUGCUCUCCUCAAACAUCCAACUCUCCUCGAUAUCGUUAUGAAACGCAACAUCGCCAUCGAAGUUAGUGUCAUUUCGAAUCAAGUUUUGAAUCUCGUGAAUGAUUUGCGAAACCAUCCAGCUGCCAUUUAUUUAGCUCUCAAUCUUCCCGUCGUCAUAACGAAUGACGAUCCAACAUUUUGGGGUGCCCGAGGACUAAGUUACGAUUUUUAUCUCGCUUUUAUGGCAUUUUCUCCAGCAAAUGCAGGUUUAAAAUUUCUCAAGCAACUCGCCUUAAAUUCCAUCAAAUACAGCGUUUUGACAAAAUACGAACGACGCCGCUUCGAGGGAAUUUUCGAGAGAAAAUGGGAUGAAUUUCUCACGCAAAUCGUUUACCGUUAUCGUCACAUUAUCCAUCACAACAAUGCGGAUUAAUUUAAAAGUAUGCAAAUAUCCACGUGCAACACACACAAAAUAAACGUAAAAUAACUUCAAGUUCAAGUUCAAUCUAAUUGAGCGAAAAUUGUGAUAGAUACAGCUGUGGGUGAUAUACGGAACAAUGUCAAGUAGUAGUGAUCUAUUUAUAAAUUUGAUUUAGUGCACUUGAAUAACGAGUUUUAUAGAGCUUUAAAAAUUGAAUUGCUUGGAUACGAAAUUUUUUCCGACCUAUCUAACGAAACUUAGUUGUUGUUUUUCUAUUUAUUUAUGAAAAUGUCGUCAGAUAUGUGACUCACAAUACAAAUUAGGCUGAUUCAAUGCAAAAAAAAAUUUAACGAUUUCUUAUGUUUAAUUUUAACAAAUAUUAAAAAUGUUUUAAAAUUUUUCUUUAAUUUUUUUAUUAAAAAUAAAAAAAUAUAAAUUAAAUUAAACUAAUUUAAAUUUUAUUAAAAAUAAAAAAUAUGAAUAAAAAAAUUAAAUUAAAAAAUUAAUAAAAAAAAUUAAUUAAUUUAAAAAGUUAUUAUAAUAAAUAAAAAUUCAAUAAAAAAAUAAUAAAAAAAAGAAAAAUUGUUUAAAAAAUUUUAAAAAAUUAAAUAAAAAAAAAUUAAAUAAAAAAAAUA